AUGCUUUCACAAUACGAAAAUCCCUAGAACUAAAAUGCUCCAUAAAAGUCAAAUUAGACAUAGAAUCCAUAAUAAUAAUAAGGGCCAGCAAAAAAUAAAAAGGGAGGCAUAGAUCUCCAAGAAUUAGAAAAUCAAUUGACCAUUCCAUCCAACUUAAAGUCUAUGAGCGUAAUUAAAUUCGACAUUGGGUACAUUAAUUAGAACAUUUUACCAAACUUUAAAAAAAAUCCUGAAUUGACUAAUUUCUAUAAAAAUCUAGUAUCCGAAUUGUAAAAGUAACUUACUACGAUUGUUUAAUAAAUUAAAGAUGAGAAGAUUUAAGAAAAUCAAUAUAUAAAAAUGGUGAAUGAUACAUUUCAAUAGGAGUAAAUUAAGUUUAAGACUGCUGCACCAGCUAUGAAAAAUAGAAUAGGUCUCAGAUGCAAAACAUUGAAUUAAGAAUUAGAAAAUUUGAAGAAAAAUUUAUUUGGCAAAAUUUGUUAAGAAUUUGGUUGCGGUCCUGAUUUGACAUAGAAAUUUUUGUUUGAAGAAUUCUAAGAAAAGCCGUAUAAAGAAAAAGCAAAGGAAUUACUUAUUAGACAUAAAGAAUAUUUAAAUUUAACAUAAUAUUUAAGUAUUCAUAUGAAAGAUGAAAAAAGAGACUUGAUAGAAUUCUUGAUUGGAAAAUUAGAAAAAAGCAAAGCAAUUUAAAAUGAUUUGAAAGAAGGCAAAAAUGUUGAUUUUUCAAAAUUCUUCAUUACUGAAUUUAAAGAUAUAACUGAGGAUUAAUUUCUUGGGAUUCCUAAGAUAGAAUAUUAGGCAAAGAUUUAAAAUAUGUUGGAUUAAGUGAAUUAAGCUUUGAAAGAGGAAUAACUAUAUUAUAAAGUUGCUUCACUUGCUAAACCUAUUAUUUAAGUCAUUCCUGGUACUAAAUAAAUGCAGAAAGUUAGUCCAGCUGAUAUAUGCAAGCAAUAUUUUGCCAGAUAUGAAGAAUUAUAGAAAUAUUUAUCAGGUUAAAAAAAUGAAAGUUGGACUCCUUUACCAAUUUUUAAAAUGGAAUUAGAAAAUAGAGAUGUGUCAACUGUAAAUAAAGAUGUUCCAAAUGGCACAUUAAGAAUUCAAUUUAAAAAUUUUGUUAAUGGAGAUAAAAUGCUAUUAUAAUACGAACUUACAAUAGGAAAUUAACCUUAUUAAGGUAAAACUGAGUAAGCUGACAGUACUGGAAGAUUAGGUUACGUUUAAGAUAUCAAUCUUAAGGACUUCAAGAAUGGCACAAAAGAGAUUCAUUUAAGCGCAAUUGAAAUUAAACUAUUUAAAAAAGGAUGGAUAUCAAAUGACUUAAAAGGAUAAGGAAAAAUUUAAUUAAAUGAUUUACUCGAUAUGUCUACAAUAGAAGGAGAUCUACUUUUAAAUGAGAAGACAGUAUUACAAUAUUGUAUCUUGUUGAGAGAAUCAUUAAAUAAGAAAAAAAGUGUAACAACAGCAUAAAUACUUAAAACAUACCCAAAAUUUGAUAAAAAAAAUGGUUUGGAUUAAUACUUAGAAUAAAAAUUAAAAGAAAUACCAAAUGAACCAGUUCCUUAGCAGUAGCAAAAGUAAGAAAUUUAGUAACCAUAAUAAUAAUUAUAAUAACAGUAAUAAUAACAAUAAUAAUAAUAAUAAUAAGUUGAGGAAGAUGAAGGCUGUUAAGGUCCAUAAUUAUAACCAGAUUAAUUAAUUCUUCUAAAUCAUUAAGAGGACGAUGAAUAAUAUUAAAAUGUUAAAAAGCUUGGAGAAAAAAUGCCAUAGUUAUAAGAAGAUUUGUUGAACCCAGAAAAUCCAUUAAAAGGAAGUGUUUAUUAUUUUUUAGUGUAAUAUGCACCUUUUUUACAAAAUAAGACAGUUGAAUUAAAACAAGACCCCUCUUAGAGGUUAUAAUAAAGAUUUGUUUAAAAAUUAUGGGAGGAUUGUUAUAGAUAAUAAAAUAAAUUAAAAAAUAAAUUAAUAAAUGAUAUGGAGGGCUAUUUUAGCGAUUUAUAAAAGAUUAUAAAAAAGGAUCAGCUUAUGAUAAAACUAUACAAGCAGGCUUAAGCACCAAGUUGGUCUAAGUUCUUAGAAGGAAGACUAGAAAUAGCAUUACAAGAAGAGAAAGCAAUUUAAGAAUAAUUAUCAGCAGAAUGA